UCUCCCCUCUCUUCCCCAAAAUCCCCCCAAAAACACAAAACAAACAAUUUCCGCGAAAAUUAAAGAAAAAUAAAAAUUGAAGAAAAAAAAAAAAAUUCCGUUCUCGUCGUCACCAUCAUCUACAUUUUUUUCGGACGAAUGUUUAAAUGGUGAGGAGUCAUCACCGACAUUGUUCUCUGAUCUAGAUUCUUGCUCGCCGUGUCGCCUCCGCGAUCGAGAUGCGGGGGUGGGCCCCCCAAAUUCUCCUCCUCCUCCUCCUCAUCGCAAUGGGCCUCAUCUCGGCCCAAGCCCAAGAUGACGAUGAUGGCGCAUCGUCGCUCGAGAGCUACUACAGCCAAACGCUCUUCGCUCGGAUCAUGAACCUCACCGACCAUUUUCGGCCUCAGAUCAAGGACAAGCUCGGUUACUGCAUCCAAGACCCGAACCAGGAGAUUGAUGCUGCCUUUAAUUUCUCAAAGGAUCCAACUUUUCUAACUAACUGUCUCAGGACGACGAAGGAUCUUUCCAAACGUUUAUGCACCGCAGCAGAAUUCCUAUUUUAUGUCAACAGCUUUUUGCAAAACGAGGAUAAAAAAUUCUUAAAGCCUAAUUCGAACUGUAAUUUGACUUCAUGGGUUUCUGGAUGUGAGCCUGGAUGGGCAUGCAGUGUUGGCAAGAACAUCAAAGUUAACCUCAAAGAUGACAAGAACACACCCACGAGAAUUGUUGACUGUGGUCCUUGCUGCGAGGGCUUCUUUUGCCCUCAGGGUCUUACUUGCAUGAUACCUUGUCCUCUUGGUGCAUACUGCCCACUUGCGACUUUGAAUAAAGAUACUGGUACUUGUGAUCCAUAUGACUAUCAGCUACCUCCAGGAGAUGCAAAUCACACUUGUGGUAGUGCAGAUAGGUGGGCCGAUGUUAUAAGUAGCGGUGAAAUAUUUUGUCCUGCAGGAUACUAUUGUCCAAGCACCAUUAAAAAAAUUUCCUGCCAGAGAGGACAUUAUUGUAGGAGGGGUUCUACUUUUCAAAACAAGUGCUUUAAUAAGGGCUCAUGUAAGCCGAAUUCUGCCAAUCAGGAUAUCACUGUAUUUGGCAUUCUGUUGAUAGUUGGACUAAGCUUGUUGCUACUAAUUAUAUAUAACUUUUCCGGCCAAGUUUUAACUAACCGUGAAAGGAAACAAGCCAAAUCCAGAGAAGCGGCUGCAAGAAUGGCAAGAGAGACUGUACAGGCCCGUGAAAGGUGGAAAUUGGCCAAAGAUGCUGCAAGGAAACAAGCAGUUGGACUUCAGAGUCAAUUAUCUCGUACCUUCUCCCGUAAUAAGUCUAAGGGUGUUGGCUGUUUUACAUCUGGCGAUAAUAAAAAACAAGCUACCCCUUCCAUUCCUCUAACUGUGCCUCCUCAAUCAUCAAAAGCAUCGACAUCAAAGAAUAAGGAACCAGGUGACCUUACCAAGAUGAUGCAUGCAUUAGACGAGAACCCUGAUAAUGAAAUGGGUUUUAAUCUGCAAAUUGGAGAUAAAAACCUUAAAAAAAAUAUUCCCAAAGGCAAAAAGAUGCAUACUCGUAGCCAAAUCUUCAGAUAUGCUUAUGGUCAAAUCGAGAAAGAAAAAGUUAUGCAGCAGGAAAACAAGAACUUGACAUUUUCAGGAGUGAUUGCAAUGGCUACGGACAAUGAAGUGAGAAGUAGGCCUGUGAUGGAGGUUGCCUUCAAGGACCUUACUCUAAUUAUUAAAGGGAGCGGAAAGAAGAUUCUGAGAUCAGUGACGGGAAAAUUAAUGCCUGGUCGGGUUGCAGCUCUCAUGGGCCCAUCUGGGGCAGGAAAAACUACAUAUCUUAGUGCUGUUUCAGGAAAAGUAACUGGAUGCAAGUCAAGUGGUUCAGUUCUUAUAAAUGGAAAAAAGGAGCCAAUUCAGGCAUACAGAAAGAUUAUUGGUUUUGUACCACAAGAUGACAUUGUGCAUGGAAACUUGACAGUAGAGGAGAAUCUUUGGUUCAGUGCUAGAUGCAGACUUUCAACUGACAUGUCAAAAGCAGAUAAAGUUUUGGUUGUGGAAAGGGUUAUUGAGUCUUUAGGCCUACAAGCCAUACGGGAUUCUUUGGUUGGGACGGUUGAGAAUCGUGGGAUUUCUGGUGGACAGAGAAAACGUGUAAAUGUUGGUUUAGAAAUGGUUAUGGAGCCGUCAUUGUUGAUACUGGAUGAACCUACAUCUGGUUUGGAUAGUUCUUCAUCUCAGCUACUUCUGAGAGCUCUUCGACGUGAAGCACUAGAAGGGGUAAAUAUCUGCACGGUGGUUCACCAGCCCAGCUAUGCUUUGUUCAAGAUGUUCGACGAUUUGAUUCUUCUAGCAAAAGGAGGUAUAACAGUAUAUCAUGGAUCAGUGAAGAAAGUUGAGGAGUACUUUGCAGGUCUAGGGAUCAUUGUUCCUGAGCGUGCGAAUCCCCCAGAUUACUUUAUUGACAUUUUAGAGGGAAUCGUUAAGCCACCAGGUGUUAAUGUUAAACAGCUGCCCCUCAAAUGGAUGCAGCAUAAUGGGUAUGAGAUACCCCAAGAUAUGCUGGAACUUCUACGUUCACCUGAUCCAUCAGAAAGUGCUGAUGAGGGUUCCUCUUCUGAAGGUGUAGGUGCUGAACAGCCUGUUUCAAGUGAAGAAUUGGGCAAUAUCAAGGUUUCUGAUGAGGUGAACAAAAAUGAUGAUUUAGUGGGUAGUUACUCAAAAGCUUGUGAUUUUUCGAACCGCAGAACACCCGGUGUCCUUCGGCAAUAUAGAUACUUUUUAGGAAGGGUUGGAAAACAGCGUCUACGAGAAGCUAGAAUACAAGGAGUUGAUUAUCUUAUAUUAGGGCUUGCUGGAGUAUGUUUAGGAACUCUUGCUAAAGUUAGCGACGAAACAUUUGGGGCUCUUGGUUACACAUACACUGUUAUUGCUGUUUCUCUUUUGUGUAAGAUCGGAGCCCUGAGAUCAUUUCAACUUGAGAAGUUGGAAUAUUUGAGAGAGAGAGCAUCGGGCAUGAGUACAGCUGCUUACUUUAUGGCAAGAGACACCCUUGAUCAUUUCAAUACAGUCGUCAAGCCAAUAGUUUAUCUUUCAAUGUUCUACUUCUUCAACAAUCCAAGGUCAUCAAUUCAAGACAACUAUUGUAUUUUGGUGGCAUUAGUGUACUGCGUGACGGGUAUUGGUUAUACUUUUGCUAUCGCCUUUCAACCAAGCUCAGCCCAGCUGUGGUCUGCACUCGUACCUGUUAUCCUAACUUUAGUGGCAACUCAGUCAAAUUGUGCAAAGUGGAUAAAGAACUUAUGCUAUACAAAAUGGGCAUUGGAAGCAUUUCUACUUUCAAAUGCAGAAAGGUACUCCGGGGUUUGGUUGAUAACGAGAUGUGGUUCCCUGAUGAAAAGCCAGUAUGAUAUUGAUGACUGGUGGAUUUCGAUAGGGAUCCUUGUUCUCUAUGGCUUAACUUUUCGCUUGAUUGCUUAUAUAUGUAUGGUUACCCUCCUUAAGAGGUGAAGCCUGAAAAUUUUGUAUUUUUUAAGCUUUCCCUCCCCCUACCCUUUUUGUGGGUUUAGGUUUAAGUUGUUGUAUGUAAUAUAGUUGUCAAAAGCAGUGCAUGUAAAAUAGAGUAAUUUAAAUCAGUAUUAAAACGGGGAAAAAAAAAGAAAAGAAGG